AUGAUCUACAUCUUCCAUUUCCUACUACUUACAGUGGCAAUCACUUUAAUAGCGCCAAAUCACCCUUUACAAACUGCAUUCGCAUUUUCCCUUUUAGGGUAUUUGGCGGUCUUAAAAUUAAUCCCCAGAGUUUCAGAUAGCUUUAUUAAAAUCGGUCUCAAGGGUAAGGAUCUAUCCAAACCUCAUCAACCAACCCUCCCAGAAACAAUGGGGUUGGUUUCAGCAAUCACAUAUUUGAUUCUAAUGAUUUUUUUAAUCCCAUUUGUGUUUUUUAAAUAUCUCGUGUCCUUUACCAAUGAUGACGCGCUUACAUCAUCAACCUACCAAAAGCAGUUUGCCGCUAUUUCCGAUAAUAAUUUAUUCCCACACAACAAAUUGGCCGAAUAUCUCUCGGCAAUUCUUUGUUUGCAACUGACAACCCUUCUUGGAUUAUUUGAUGAUUUAUUUGAUAUUCGUUGGAGACAUAAAUUUUUCCUUCCUGCGAUCGCACUGUUGCCACUUUUAAUUGUUUAUUAUGUAGAUUUCCUGGUCACUAGUGUAGUGAUCCCUCCCUUUUUAAUGAAAGGGUGGGGGUCCCAAAUUUUUUUAGUGAUUAAUUUUUUUAUAGAUGGGGUUAAUAGGAUGGUUGAAGGGUUAAGUGGGUUGAAGUUCAUGACCAGAGAAUCUACCUUGAUUACAAGUCCUCCUCUUUUAGAUCUUGGGAUUUUCUAUUAUAUCUAUAUGAGUGCAAUUUCAAUCUUUUCUCCCAAUUCAAUCAAUAUCCUUGCUGGUAUCAAUGGACUUGAAGUGGGUCAAUCGAUCAUACUUGCAGUUAUUCUUCUUUUGAAUGAUUUCUGCUAUUUAGUUCUGACCUCAAUCAGUCAAGCAGCCCAUGAUCUGCACCUUUUCCUGGCCAUUUUCCUCAUCCCAUUCAUUGGUGUUAGUGUGGCCCUUCUCCAAUACAAUUGGUGGCCUGCCCGUUGCUUUGUUGGAGAUACCUAUUGUUAUUUCAGCGGCAUGGUGUUUGCCAUUGUAGGUAUCUGUGGUCAUUUUUCAAAGACUUUACUCAUCUUUUUAUUGCCACAGAUCAUAAAUUUUGUAUAUGGACUCCCUCAAUUGUUCCAUGUUGUCCCCUGUCCUCGUCAUAGAAUGCCUCGUUUCAACAAGACCGAUGGGUUGAUGUAUCCAAGCUAUGGUUCAUUGGACAAGCCAAACAAAGUUUCGAGUGGUCUUCUCACCAUCCUUCUGACAUUACGUCUUGUUGAUCUCCAACAAGAGGAAGGCGAGAACAAGACCACUACUCUCCGGUUUUCAAACUUGACCAUCAUUAACCUCACGCUUGUUUGGCUCGGGCCCUUGAGAGAAGACACACUCUGUCUUGUGAUUCUUGUGGCACAACUCUUAAUCGGGGUCUCGAUGAUUGCCCUUCGUCACACGGUGGGGCCAUGGUUGUUUGGCUACGACAAUCUCUCAUGGGGUGUUAAAUAA